UGCAGGAGCCGCGGGGGUCACCAUGGUGACGGGAGGCGGGGCUGCGGCGAACGGCUCGCCCUAACAGAUCGUGGCGGGGUGGCCCCGCGAGAGGCCGGCGGGCGCGGGCCCAGCCGGGAGCCGCAGGCCGGGCCUCGCACGAGCGCGGGCAGAGCGACCUCCUGCGGACCCUUGAUGCGGUUGAGGCGGCGCUGGCCAGAGCGGAGCCCCGCCCGGCGGCGGGCGCGGUAGGGGCCGCGGGGCCCGGGCCGGUGACUGCAGCGCCCUACGAUGGACGCCCUGGAGGAAGAGAGCUUCGCGCUGUCCUUCUCCUCCGCCUCUGAUGCAGAAUUUGAUGCAGUGGUUGGUUGUUUAGAAGACAUUAUUAUGGCUUCCCAAGUGCUAGGAUUGCAGUCACGAGCCACCAUACCCUCCUCUUUCCUUGCACUCUUGAUUCCUAUUUCUGGACCCUUUGGCAUCUGUCCAUUCUGCUGACUGACAAAGAGGCAGUAGUAAAUCCAAAGUUGAAGACAAAUAGAUGACGAGUUCCAGUUAUUGCAGAGAAACUUCAUGGACAAGUACUACCAGGAGUUUGAAGACACAGAAGAGAAUAAACUCACCUAUACCCCCAUUUUUAAUGAAUAUAGGUUCCAACACCAUCUUCUGGCCCCUGCACUCAUUGCCAUGUGUGCAGGCACACAAACACACACAGAUUUCUCUGGUAGAGAAGUACAUCGAAGAGCAGCUGCUGGAGCGCAUCCCAGGCUUCAACAUGGCAGCCUUCACGACAACACUGCAGCACCAUAAAGAUGAAGUGGCGGGUGACAUCUUUGACAUGCUGCUCACGUUCACGGAUUUUCUGGCUUUCAAGGAGAUGUUCCUGGACUAUAGAGCAGAGAAGGAAGGGCGAGGACUGGACUUAAGCAGCGGCUUGGUCGUGACUUCUCUGUGCAAGUCUUCUACGCCAGCUUCCCAGAACAGCCUUCGGCACUAGGCAUCGCCUGCAGACGGGGGAUGUGGUUGCUGAGGCCACCGGGCCAGCAGAUGCAUCUUACAAAGACCAACUGUGCCACGGCCCUUCAUUCAUGUGAAGUAUUGAUGAGGCCUGGAAAACAUGACUGGCCCUUGUCCAGGAACACCUUCUUGUAGUCAGUAGCCCUCGUGUUCACCACUCCCCUCCCCCAUGCAAAUGCCCCUCCCAGGUGCUUCUGAGGGACCCCCCCCCAUGUUGGCACCUCACCUGGGGGCCCUUCCUCAGCAACAUGGUAGUGUAGUGUGUCAACACCAUCAUGAGCCCUUCAUCCCAGCAGGCUUCACAUGAGUCUUCGUGUUCCCAUAACUGUUUUCACGCGGGUCAGUUUCAGUCCUGAGCUUCAACGGGGGGGGGGGGGGGGAGUGUUUAUCUGGGGAGUUACAGGCCAGCUACCUGUCCUGGUUUCUGAAUCUCCUAUGAUUGCAGCUUGAGAGUGGCUGUAGGAAUCAAUUGAGAGAGACGUUCUCUACCCCGCUCUUACAUGAGCAGUCCUUUCAACAGCGAAUUCUGCUGGUUUUGAUGUAUGUAGUCCCACUGUUCUUUAAGUCUCUAAGCAUUAUUUCAAGAAACAUAUUUUUAUAGAUGAAAACUCAGGCUAACCUAGUGAGUAUGAUCUUGGAAUGCCCAUGAUCAACCACUUAAAGAUCAAAGUAUUAUAUGCUGUGUGCUUUUUAGUUGUGAGUGCUGCGAGUGUAAACUUUCUGAUUAGUGCCCUUCUUCCUGGGCACCAGUACAAACAGGCUAUGUGCUAGAUAUAGGCUGCUCUGUCACAACAGCAUGCUAAGUGUGUUUGUGCAUGUUUGUCUGCCGUCCCACAGGACAGCAUGCUAGCUGUGCUUGUGCAUGCUCCUCUGCAGUCCUUUGUGUAGGCCAGUGAGCUGGCUUUCUGCUGGAGGGUCAGGACUCCGCAGGAGUCCCAAGUUGAAGCUCUCCUCAUCCCGCUCAGCCAGGGGGGAGGAGAGGGAGCAGUACAGUUUUCUGGUCAGCUGUCACCUUAGGUGGAUUGUCACCAACAAGAAAGCAUGUGUGUCACUUCUCAAGAAAGAAGAAAAUAGUUGAAUUCCUAAUGUACUUUUGACUUUAACUUUUAUAGUAAAAGUAAGAAUCUACACUGAUUUUUUCCAUGUGACCAUUCUGACUUUAAAGGAUCUAAGCUAAACUGUGUUUUCUGUAGCAACGUGUCACUUGGUACUUUUGUAAAAUGAGUAAAAUUUGAGGUGUUUGGCAAGAAUAA